UAGACCUAACCCAAUCCCUACCCCUAAACCUAACCCUACCCAUAAUUUAUUCCUAAAAUCAGAGGGAAAUGAUUAUGGUUAAUAAGAAGGGUGUAGAAGCAUGUAACCCUGUCUGUGAGCCUAAAACUGACAUUUCUUGAAAACUUAUCCCUCAUUUCUGAUUGGUUGAUUGGAAUGUUUUUCCAGGAUCAACAAGGAUGCUGAUCCAGGAACAUGCUGCACUUGGUGUAAUCACGUUCACCGGAGUUAACCUGUGUAAAUUAAUUUGAAUGGGUAUGAUUUGGAAAGGCACACACCUCUCAAUAAAAGGUCUUACAGCUGAAAAUCAGAGAGAAAACCAAGCCCUGAGGUCAAAGAACUGCAUGUAUAGCUCAGAGACAGGAUUGCAUCAAGUCACACAUCUGCAGAAGAGUUCAGAAAAUAAUAAUAAUAAUAAUAAUUCUGCUGCAUUGAAGAUUCAGAGAAGCAUUUAGCCUCUAUUAUCCAUUAUGGAAUAAGUUUGGAAACACUAGGAUUCUUCCUAGAGCUGGCCUCCUUGCCAAACUGAGGAAUUGAUGUAAUUGAUGAGUAAUUCUGCUCUUACUACUCUAAAUAUUUUGUUGUUGUUAACUAUAAAACUAAUCAUUAUUGUUGUUGUUAUUAUUAUAACGCAGAAUACCAUGGCUCUUAUUUUCAUAUUCUCCUCUAUGCACACUUUUAUGGAGGCGAGGAAUUUGCUCUGCUGAGAGUUUCUAUGAAUAAUUAACUGCGUUCCUGAUCUGACGCGCCUCGAACUCCAUCCACUUCUUGGAGUCUCUCUCUCUCCCCAACAACCCCCUCCACCCACCUCUUUCUCUCUCCCUCUCUCUCUCUCAACCCCACCCCCCUCUCUCUCUCCCAUGCGCGCAACAUCACAGGUGGGUGGAUUCCGUUGUCACUGACAACCAUCCAGAAAUCAAAGCAUGAGGAUCGGGAUUUCAUCACAGGCUCGCGCUGGGCUGGGUCUGUCCGCUGCGCCAGGUGUGAUCACUCCCGCGGUGCGCCUCCACGCAUCCAUCGCCCCGGGAUAUAAUGGAGGAAUCCCACAGAUGACACUUGCUUUUGGGACGGACUUCAUUUGCUUUGAGUCCUGGUGAAACUCGUCCAAGGAUCUGGCACGCAGAGGGAGCAGAGCUCAUACAAAAAUGCCUGUGUUUUCUCCAGUUCUGACUCGUCGAGAGUUUCUUCUUCUUCUCACCCUGAUAAGUCUUGGUUUAUUGCCCCGUUUGCAGUGUGCUGGAUCGCGCAAGCAGCCAUCUGGUAUUGAUAUAUUAGUUUCUGGACAGUCCAACACUGUAACCCAGAAAGUUCUCACAACAGAUGGCAAAGAGUGCAAGUUUCCUUUUCGUUUUGGUGGAGUGAUUUAUCACCAGUGUAUCUCUAUGAACUCCCACAAAGCCUGGUGCUCUCUCACACACAACUUUGACCGUGACCAGAAGUGGGGAUUCUGCAGUUCACAAGCACGACUCUUUAAUGGGUUUCUUCCUCCGCGUCGCGGCCCGAGUCUCUGUCAGCAGAAUCCGUGUUUAAAUGGCGGCAUUUGUGCGACAGCCGCUUAUCUGAACUCUUUUGAUUGUGUUUGUCCUGAUGGAUUCACGGGAGCUCUGUGUGAAAAGAAGAAGUGCUACGAGCCCCUGCAUCUGAAGUACUAUGACAUUGGUGACUCGUGGGGACGAAUCUACCUGCGCUCCGUAGAGCUGUGCACAUGCCUCAGUGGAGGGGUGAGCUGUGAGCGUGCACGUUACACAGUGUGUUCGAGAAAUCGCUGUGAAAAUAACGGAGUCUGCAGGAUGAUUGAGGCCACUGGUGAAGAGGUGUGCGGAUGUAUAUCUGGAUAUAAUGGACAAUACUGUAACAUUAACCCAGAAGAGCAGUGUUACCGUGAUUCAGGUGCUCUGUACCGCGGUGUGGCCAGUGUCACGGUCUCGGGCUCGUCUUGUCUGCCGUGGAACUCAGAUCUGCUGUUCUCUGAACUGACACUGGAGACGGUGGAGAGCGCCGCCCGCAGGGGCCUCGGGGAACACGCCUUCUGCAGGAAUCCUGAUCAAGAUAAGCUGCCGUGGUGUUACACGAUGAUGGGGCGAGCCGUUUCGUGGGAGUACUGCGACAUCAAGCCCUGCUCCAAACCAGUGUCCGGCCCCAGAAGUCCCAUCAUCGCCAUGGCCCCGCGGCCGUCCCGCAGUCCCACCAGGACUCUGUCGUGCGGGAAGCGGCAGGAGAAGCGGAUCAGUCGGGGUCGUAUCCUGUUCGGGACGUCUGCAUUACCUGGCGCUCACCCCUGGAUGGCAGCGCUGUACAUCGCAGAUGAGUUUUGUGCAGGAACACUGGUCUCCUCCUGCUGGAUCGUGUCUGCCGCUCACUGCUUCCUGCGCAAUCCAUUAAAGUCACAGAUUCGGGUUGUUCUCGGUCAGCACUACUUUAACGACACCGGUCCCAACACCAGGACUUUUGCUGUUCAGGACUAUAUUUUGUACCCGCAUUACACCCAGUUUGAGCCGACCUUAAACGAUAUCGCUCUAGUGAAGCUGAAGAAGGUGGAGGGACGCUGUGCUCUGAAGACGCCCUUCAUCAGGCCCAUCUGUCUGCCGGGGAGAGACAUGAUGUUCCCCGAUCACUCCAGCUGUAAGAUCUCAGGCUGGGGUCAUGUGCACGAGAGGGCAAACUCUUACUCUCACCUGAUGGAGGGAGUGGUGAAGAUCAUCCCGUUUGAUCAGUGCUCGUCUCCAGACGUCUACGGGUCAGAGGUCAGGUCAGGGAUGCUGUGUGCGGGCAGUGAGUCCUGUGUGGAUGCCUGUCAGGGCGACUCAGGCGGUCCGUUAGCGUGCGACUGUGACGGCGUGAGUUUCCUCUACGGGAUCAUCAGCUGGGGAGACGGAUGCGGACGCUCGGGAAAACCGGGCGUUUACACCCUCGUGCCCAAAUAUUCAGACUGGAUCAACAGCGUCAUCAAAAAAUCCAGAAAAACAUCCCAGAAAACAUCAGUGAAUAGAACGAAAAUAAACAUUUGUGUUGGCAGCUAGUGCCAAAGAUAAACCAUAAAACACAACUCUGACUUUAUUAUUAAUGUAUUCAUGAGGACUUUCCGUUCCGGUGUUCAUGUUACUAUGGAAUACCAAUACGCGUGUUUUAUUGCUAUUGUAUUUAUGUUAACAAGCAAUAUGGUGACAUGUACACUGGAAUGGAAAGUGUUAUGUAAAGUUUUAUAUAUUAUUAUUAUUAUUAUUAUAUUUGUUUCAUAUAGAUACAUUAAGAAUAGAAGAUUACUGUGAAAUAAAUGUCUUUUAAUCUGCAAAAAAAUAUUUAAAAAAGAGAGUUUUUGACAGUGUUUGAGUGAAUCUCAUAUUGGAAAGGUCACGAUCUGCACAUGAACCCAUGAAAGUCAAUGGAAAGAUGGCGUUUCAGUGCAACAGCUUGCUGUUAAAUCACAGUUUUCAUUUAUUUAUUCCAGUAUAUAUUAUAAGCAUAAACUAAGUGCGUUGAAGCAUCUUCUCCACUGCCUUCCAUUCAAACAGGUCUCUAUGCCGAAUUUCUAUUAAUCUGACACAGUGGCCCAAUAAUAGAUCAUCUAUGUAUUAAUAUGUAUCAUAUUUUAACACAAAAUCUACAGAAAUUAUAUGUUGCAUAUUAAGUCUUUUUUUCCAUAAGUACAGUAUUAUGCAUUGUGAUGUUUCCAUAACAUUUCAUAACAGUUUUUUUUUUUUUAUUAUUAAUAUUACUUAAAUGGUAAUACACUUUUGAGUUUGUUUGUAAUUCAGUAAUUUAAUUAUUAUGGAAAAUUGUUUCUAUUAGAUUGACAUAACUGUAAUAUAGUAAUGAAAAUUAUCCUAUUAUUAUUAUUAUUUUAAAAAUGUGUUGUAUAGUAUUUAUAGGGCAUUUAAAAAAAGAA